UGAAAUUAGAGCAUUGAUCGGGUAAAGCUUUUCAUAGCUCUCCCCACUUUCCUUGUACUUGAGAUUCCAUUAAUUAUGGAACUCUGAUUUUUGGAUCUUGGCGCUACUCCUUUUUCCGGUGAUUUAGGGUUUUGCAGAAUUGUGGAUUUGUGAAAACAAAUUGCACAGUGGUUUUCGUUUUCUUGUUUCGGUUGAUUUAAAGCCCAGUUGAUGGCAACUGAUAAUGAAGUUGAAGAAAUUGACAGCUUGGAGAGAGGUCUAUUGUCCCGUGCUGGUUCUCAGGAGGAGCUGGUAACGGAGGCAGAAGAAGAAACGGUCCUGUAUACGGCGUCGUUCCAGGAGAUGGAAGAGAAUUAUGUCAAGUAUCAAACUGCUCAGUGGGUUCUCUACUCCUUGCUUCUGAUACUGGCCUGGGGAAUCGGCUUUUUCAUGCUUCUUUAUCUACCUGUGCGGAGAUAUAUACUCCGCAAAGAUAUCGGCUCCAGAAAGCUCUAUCUAACUCAAAACUCCAUAGUAUAUAAAGUCACAAAGCCAGUACCAUUUCCAUGCUUUGGAGAGUUGAAGAAAGAGAAGCAUGUCUUGUUACCUUCAGUUGCCGACCUUGUCAUUGAACAAGGAUAUUUGCAAUCCCUCUUUGGUGUCUACUCUCUUAGAAUUGAAAAUGCUGGUGUAAGACGGCCUCCAAGUGAUGAUGUUCAAAUCCAGGGAGUUGCAGAUCCAAGCGCUUUCAGAAAGGCUGUUCUUAUUCAUCUCGCGAAUAUGAGAAGUGAGGUUUUCUCUAGACCGGUUUCCACAGUUGAAGACACUCCCAAUCUAAGGGGGUCCCCAUCAAAAUCUUUAAGGCACGAUUCUUUUCCUCAUUUUGGGGAGCAAGUACUACUACAAAAACUGGAGGAGGUUGGAAAUUCAGUGAAGAGAAUUCAAACCUUAAUUGAGGACCAGCAGUCUCAAACAUCAGAACCAAUAGAUUGAGUGCUCUAGGUGGCUUCCUUCAAUUGGAUGAUUAUCUUUCCUCCAUUAGAUAAUGGCCUGUCGAGCUUGGAGAUAGAAGUUGGUCAUAGGUGGAAAUAGGGUAUGUGAAUGUUGAUACACUCGGCCUUGUAAUGUUGAGAAUUUUGAUGCGAAUAUGAUUUCUUUGUGUCUUUGACAACUUUUUCCUUUCCUAUGAAUAUUGUUUCUUAUAAUGACUAGGGUGAAGGGCACGUGGGAGGGAUAUGCUUGACUUCCCUUGUUUGAUGUACUUGAUUUCUUUUGUGUGGUUGUCAAAGAAUUAAAUGUAAAGGAAUUAAUUAGAAGACAUUGAAGAA